AGCACUGAAUUGGGGUAAGUGAAGGAGCAGGGACCCCUCUGCCCCCUCUCUGCGCUCAACAUCUUGCGCCUGUAUUUCGGCGGGUGAGGACUGGCCUGGGGACUCUCACUCGGAGUCCCGCCCCGGGACGCUCUCCCGGGGUUCCCCUAUUUGGCGGGCUCGCGGGUCCUGGGCGGGGCCAGGAGGGGCGCGGGGGCGGGAGUCCCGGAGGAAGAUGCGCUGGGGCGGCCUGCGGCAGGCGCGGGAGACAGAGGGGCGGAGACCCCGGGUGGGCUGCGCCGGCUGCUCUGCCCCGCUCCACACCCCACGGGAAGCGGGCGCUGUCAGCUGAAUUACUCCCCUUUCGGGAGGAGGGGAGGGGAAUAAAGGUAACGAGCCCCUUCCAGCCUUAAAAAGCAAAGGGAGAUCGGAGCAGCUUGCAACCGAGGCAGUCCCAGCUGUGGACCAUGCAAUCCCGCAUCUUCCUGCUCGGCCACAGGCGAGGACUUGGUUUCUUGAGCUGAGAGCUAAAACUUGCUGACUUUUCUUCUCCCCAACAACUGAAUCAUGCCAUGUGCCCAGAGGAGCUGGCUUGCAAACCUCUCCGUUGUGGCUCACCUCCUGAACUUUGGGGCCCUUUGCUAUGGGAGACAACCUCGGCCGGGCCCGGUGCACUUCCCGGACAGGAGGCAAGAGCAUUUUUUCAAGGCCCUGCCAGAAUACCAGGUGGUGGCUCCUGUCCGAGUAGAUGCCAGUGGGCAUUUUCUAUCGUAUGGCUUGUACCAUCCCGUCACCAGCAACAGGAGGAAGAGAGAUUUGAGUGGUGCAGAGGACCAGGUGUACUAUAGCAUUUCUCACGAGGAGAAGGCCCUGUUUUUUAACUUGACGGUCAAUCAGGGAUUUCUUUCCAAAAGCUUCAUCGUGGAGAGGAGAUAUGGGAAUCUCUCCCAUGUUAAGAUACUGGCUUCCUCGGGCCCCCCCUGCCAUCUCAGGGGCACAGUUCUGCAGCAGGGUGACAGAAUUGGGACGGCAGCCCUCAGUGCCUGCCAUGGACUGACUGGAGUUUUCCAUCUACCACACGGAGACUUCUUCAUUGAGCCUGUCAAAAAGCAUCCUCUUGUCGAGGGAGAGUACCAUCCACACAUCGUUUACAGGAGGCAGAGGUGGAGGAGUCCGGACACGAUGAGGCCAGCCUGCGGAUUGGAGGACGAUCUUGGCACCUCCCAGAAGGUAGAGCUACAACGAGAGAAAUGGGACAGGAACAACUUGCCAAGCAGGAGCCUCUCUCGGCGUUCCAUCAGCAAAGAGAGAUGGGUGGAGACGCUGGUGGUAGCUGACACAAAGAUGAUUGAGUAUCAUGGGAGUGACAGUGUUGAGUCCUAUAUACUCACCAUCAUGAACAUGGUCACCGGGUUGUUCCAUAACCCAAGCAUUGGCAAUGCAGUUCACAUUGUUGUGGUUCGGCUCAUUCUCCUUGAGGAAGAAGAGCAAGGAUUGAAAAUAGUUCACCAUGCAGAGAAGACGCUGUCCAGCUUCUGUAAGUGGCAGAAGAGCAUCAAUCCCAAGAGUGACCUUAACCCUGUCCAUCAUGAUGUGGCUGUCCUUCUCACCAGAAAAGACAUCUGUGCUGGGGUCAAUCGCCCCUGUGAGACCCUGGGUCUGUCCCACCUGUCAGGAAUGUGCCAGCCUCACCGGAGCUGUAACAUCAAUGAAGACUCAGGACUCCCUCUGGCUUUCACAAUUGCCCAUGAGCUCGGGCACAGCUUCGGCAUCCAGCAUGAUGGGAAAGAAAAUGACUGUGAGCCUGUGGGCAGGCACCCAUACAUCAUGUCUCGCCAGCUCCAAUACAAUCCCACCCCAGUGACAUGGUCCGAGUGCAGCAAGGAGUAUAUCACCCGCUUCCUGGACCGAGGCUGGGGGUCCUGUCUUGAUGACAUGCCCAAAAAGAAAAGCUUGAAGUCCAAGGUCAUUGCCCCUGGAGUGAUCUAUGAUGUUCACCAUCAGUGCCAGCUGCAGUAUGGCCCAAAUGCUACCUUCUGCCAGGAAGUAGAAAAUGUUUGCGAGACACUGUGGUGCUCAGUGAAAGGCUUUUGUCGCUCUAAGCUAGAUGCUGCUGCAGAUGGGACACGAUGCGGUGAGAAGAAGUGGUGUAUGGCUGGCAAGUGUAUCACAGUGGGGAAGAAACCAGAGAGCAUUCCCGGAGGCUGGGGCCGCUGGUCGCCCUGGUCCCACUGUUCCCGCACCUGUGGGGCUGGAGCCCAGAGUGCAGAGAGGCUCUGCAACAACCCUGAACCAAAGUUUGGUGGGAAAUACUGCACUGGAGAAAGAAAACGCUAUCGCUUGUGCAAUGUUCACCCCUGUCGCCCAGAUGUACCAACAUUUCGGCAGAUGCAAUGCAGUGAGUUUGACACUGUACCCUACAAGAAUGAAUUCCACCACUGGUUUCCAGUUUUUAAUCCAGCACACCCUUGUGAGCUCUACUGCCGACCCAUUGAUGGCCAGUUUUCCGAGAAAAUGCUGGACGCUGUCAUUGAUGGUACCCCUUGCUUUGAAGGCGGCAACAGCAGAAAUGUCUGUAUUAAUGGCAUAUGUAAGGCGGUUGGCUGUGACUAUGAGAUUGAUUCCAGUGCCACAGAGGAUCGCUGUGGUGUGUGCCUGGGGGACGGCUCUGCCUGCCAGACUGUGAAGAAAAUGUUUAAACAGAAAGAAGGAUCUGGUUAUGUUGACGUUGGACUGAUUCCGAAAGGAGCUAGGGACAUACGGGUAGUGGAGGUGGCGGGAGCUGGAAACUUCCUGGCCAUCCGGAGUGAAGACCCUGAAAAAUAUUACCUCAAUGGAGGAUUUAUUAUCCAAUGGAAUGGAAACUACAAGCUGGCAGGGACUGUCUUUCAGUACGACAGGAAGGGAGACCUGGAGAAACUGAUGGCCACAGGUCCCACCAAUGAGUCAGUGUGGAUCCAGCUUCUAUUCCAGGUAACUAACCCUGGCAUCAAGUAUGAGUACACAAUCCGUAAAGACGGCCUUGACAAUGACGUGGAGAAGCUGGUGUACUUCUGGGAGUACAGCCCCUGGACGGAGUGCAGUGUAACGUGUGGGACAGGGAUCCGCCGCCAGAUGGCCCAUUGCGUGAAGAAGGGCCACGGGAUGGUGAAGGCUACAUUUUGUGACCCAGAAACGCAGCCCAAUGGGAGACAGAAGAAGUGCCAUGAAAAGGAUUGCCCACCCAGGUGGUGGGCAGGGGAGUGGGAAGCAUGUUCAGCGACAUGUGGUCCCCACGGAGAGAAGAAACGAACAGUGCUAUGCAUCCAGACCACAGACUCGGAUGAGCAGGCUCUCCCAGCUAGAGACUGCCAGCAUCUGCUGAAGCCCAAAACCCUCAUUUCCUGCAACAGAGACAUCUUGUGUCCAUCGGACUGGACAGUAGGCAACUGGAGUGAGUGUUCUGUUUCCUGUGGUGGUGGCGUGCGGAUGCGCAGUGUCACGUGUGCCAAGAAUCACGAUGAACCUUGCGAUGUGACACGGAAGCCCAACAGCCGAGCUCUGUGUGGCCUCCAGCAAUGCCCAUCUAGCAGGAGAGUUCUGAAGCCCAACAAAGGCACAAUUUCCAAUGGGAAAACACCACCAACAUCUGAGAAAAACCCUUCAAAGCCCAUCCCUCCAACUACAUCCAGUCCCAUAGCGCUGACCACACCCACAGUGCCCACGUCUCUGACCACAACUGCUCUGGCAGUCAGCAGCCCCGGGCCUCCCACGACCGCCGGAGAGGGAGACUUGGAUGGGAAACAGGGACAGAACGGUUCAGCCCAGACUGAACUGGAUCCCCACCAUGUCAUUUCCACCGGAAGCACUUCCCAGCCCAUCCUCACUUCCUGGUCUCUGAGUAUCCAGCCAAGUGGAGCAACUGUUUCCAGUUCAGACACGGGUCCUACCUCAGAGGAAGACCUUUUAGCCACAACAACGAGUGCUUUUGAUUUUUCAUCUUCCAGCAACCCUGUGACUUGGCAGGUGACUCCUUUUUCCAAUCACUUGACCAAAGAGCCCGAAAUGGAAAUUCACAGUGGUUCAGGGGAAGACGGUGAGCAGCAAGAAAACAAAAAUGAAAACAACUCUAUAACAUGGACCAAGAUCAGAGUGCCUGGAAAUGAUGCUUCAAUGAAAAGAAACGCAGCAAUGCCACUUGGCCCUCCACUAACACCCUAUCUCAGGGGGGCAUCCUCGUGGCCAACCUUCAGCACAAUGGCAGAAGGACUGCCACCCAGCCAAAGGCCCACUGCUGCUCUCAAAAAUGAUACACCCAGAGCUGGGGGGAUGGUCACUGAGAAGCCAGCUACUGCUCCACUCCCUCCCGGAGGAGGCCACUGGCCUGCACCCUCAGAAAAGUCAGGAAACCGUAACCCACCAGAACUUCCAAGCCCCAUCAAUCUGACACAAAUUUCCAGACAAGUCCUGACCAAGGAAGAUGCAAUGAGUCUGAUAGCUGAGGGGUUUUUGCUUAAUGCCUCCAGUUACAAGCAGCUCUCGACAGGCCACAGUCCAGCGUACUGGAUUGUUGGAAACUGGAGUGAGUGCUCCACCACGUGUGGGCUGGGGGCCUACUGGCGAAGUGUGGAGUGCAGCACCCAGACGGAUUCCGACUGUGCCACCAUUCCGAGGCCUGACCCUGCAAAGAGAUGCCACCUCCGUCCAUGUGCCGGCUGGAAAGUGGGAAACUGGAGCAAGUGCUCCAGAAACUGCAGCGGGGGCUUCCAGAUCCGGGAGAUUCAGUGUGUGGACAGCCGGGACCACCAGAGCCUGAGGCCGUUUCACUGCCAGUUCCUGGCUGGCAUUCCUCCACCACUGAGCAUGAGCUGUAACGUGGAGCCCUGUGGGGAGUGGCGGGCAGAGCCCUGGAGCCAGUGUUCCAGGUCCUGCGGAGGAGGAAUUCAGGAGAGAGGAGUGACUUGUCCAGGAGGUGUCUGUGACUGGAUGAAAAGGCCCACAUCCACUGCACCCUGCAACAGACACCCUUGUUGUCGCUGGGCCACUGGGAACUGGAGCCUGUGUACUGUUUCCUGUGGAGGGGGCUUUCAGAAGAGGACUGUCCAUUGUGUCUCCUCAAAGAACAAUAAAACUGAAGAUCAAGACCAAUGCCUGUGUGAUCAGGAACCCAGACCUCAGGAAUUCCAAAAAUGCAACCAGCGGGCCUGCAGGAAGAGUGCUGAUUCACUUUGCACCAAGGACAAGUUAUCAGCCAGUUUCUGCCAAACACUAAAAACCAUGAAGAAAUGUUCUGUGCCCACCGUAAGGGCUCAGUGCUGCCUCUCAUGCUCCCAGACACACGUCAGCCACACCGGAAGGCCAAGAAAGCCACAAUCGCUCAAAAACCCCAAAGCAUUAUAAGCCCAGAAAGAAGCCACCUCCACCACAGACUGCAGCAGCCUGCUGACCAUGGCAUACUCUAGCCCCAGGGACCAUUUCAUUCAGGUCCAUCUUUGGCUCAUAAAACAAAACCCACUAUGUUCCUUUAGCCACAAAAUGUCUCUUUCAGGAGGCACAGGACUGUAAAACUUGCUGCUGAUAGGCAGGUGAGAUAACCAGGAGAAUCAGGCAUCUCCUGGGAUCAGCUCCCAGGAAAUAUGCCAAAUUACACAAGCCAAUGACAUGGUGUCUUGUUUUCCCCUUAAAACCACAAAGACCAGAUUUUUCCCAGACUACCUCAAGAAUAUCAGGAAAAAGAGCCACACUUACCCAGGGAACAAAUAAUCUUGUUAAUUUACCUUGGUGAUGUCCUCCUUUUCUUCCCCCUCCCUCCUUCUAGCAGCUAUUUAAAUUGUCAUGGGGGAGCUUUUAGGAACAUUCGUUUACUUUAUCCAGGUAGAGGACCACUUUUCACCCAGUAUUCAGCUGCGGCAGGAAGAAAGUGCUGACCACAUCCCUCAGUCUAUUCCUAACCCCUGUAGACCCCACAUCCAGGGUAUUGAGACUCCUGUGCCCACCUGGAGACACUAGAGUAAGAAGAAAUGGGCAGAAACUAUAGGGUUUAAUUAACCAAAGGAUUUAGGUUAGGUAUGCAAAGAUAUUUCUGACUUAAGGAUGAUUUCCAUGAAAACUCUUAAAAAGCAAAUGAAUAGAAAGCAGUUUCUUGCUAGUAUAAGAAAGGAAUGUGAGCCUUUAUUCCCACUUUCCCAGCAAAUAUCCAUUGCUUUGCAGAAGAGCAAAUGAGUUUCCCUGACUGACUUCCAACUCCAGCAUAUGCCCUAAGUCAUCAAAUCAGGUCAGAUGUCUUUUCACCACUGGGGGUUUACUCACAACUGCUCUAGCCAGGUCCCAUGGUGCAACCUACCCCCACUGACCUCCAGACUGGAAAAUGGAGCUCUAGAUUAAAAUAUUUCAAAGAACCAGGGAAACUGUAUUAAUUAUAACAACUUUCAUGCAAAUUUCUAGCCUCAAGAAGAAGAGUUCUCAAAAAUGAGAUAAAGAUGGCCUAUCCCCCAAUGCACCAAUAGUUCCUCUGGGCAGUCUGCUUCCUUGGGGAGAGCAGGCAAGUAGUCAGGGGAAUCCAAAAAUUUACAAAUUAAAGUGAGAAUGCUUCUUCUCGAUGUUUCCACCACCCAUCAGGAGUCAAGGUAGGCUGUGGUCUCAAAUUCAAGGGUGAAUUUCCUGAUUUCUAAAGGGAGGCCUUUAUAUGAACUGAAUCCAGAGAGAGGAUGGGUUGGGUGGGUGGAUCCUCCAGGGGACAAAGCCCUCAGACCAGCUCUUGACAAAGGGGAAGUCAGGGAUGUGACCUUCAUGUAACAGGCAACAUUUUCAGACUCAUGCUCAUAUGCAAUUAAUAUUCUCCAUGGAGCAAAAUGUCCCGUUCCCUCCCUUCAAUUAUCAACCUGUUCAGCAGAAUGGUGCUAUUGAGAAAUGGUGCUAAAUAUCUAGAUGGUGGUAGAAUACAAACGGAUAGAUGUACAAGUGGGCAAGUCCGUAUACAUCUUCUGUUCAGUGUUAAUGGUGUUGCUGGCCAAUGCCAGUUCUAUUGCUUGGAUACCAAAAGCUUAAAUUGUUUAUAUUAUAUUCUUAUUUUUUUCAAACCAUUAAUAAUGUGUAUUUUUCUGAUAAAUUCCUGUGGAAAAUAAAACACUGGGGUUCAGUGAAAUGCAAGAUAGACCAGAAACAGGAGUAAGUAGAAAUGUUUACCUAAAGCUAGAGGAUUUAUUUCUAAACAAUAAUUAUGUUUUUGUAUUCUCUGUCUUUAAAUAUAAACAUUGCUGGCUGAUGACAAUCUCUGGUGAAAUAACAGUUUUAGAGAGAAGAUGCCUAAAUUGUUAGUGAUGUUAGUACAGAAGAACCUGAUUUUUUCAAAUGAGGCCAUUCACAGAAACUCUCUCUGAAUUAUAGUGUAGUCUUUCAGGGGUCUGAAUUUGGCUAGAUUGAUUCAACUUAACCUGGUACACUACCACCAUAGGGUUGUGCAUGUCAUCAGAGACCUGGAUAUGACCAGUCUUACAAAACUCAGGAACAAACCUGGAUUCCUACUGACCUCAACAAACUAAUGUAGGCCAAAUUUCCAAAUACAUGAAAUUGAGCACAUUAUUUAUGCCCCAUGUGGUGGAGAAGGUGGUAGGCAUGUGGUAGGAUCUCACCAGGUAUACCAUUCUAGGCCUUUUCCAGUUUCUCAAAAGGCAGAAAAUUGUUCCCUAAUCAUGUAUCACAGACAUUCACUUCCUAUAUUGAGGCUGUGUUGUAAGACAGUGUAGGGCAUCUGUUAUGCUGGACCCCAGAAUAAGGAUGGCAUUUACUGUUGGAGUCACCUGACAUAUUUGUUGCCUGGGUAAUUACUCAGCUUUGGGUCAUCAGGGUUUUGGAAGGCCCCUAUGCUUGCAAUAUUUCCUCAGAUUAACAGGGAGACUCUGAAGGCAAGAACCUAAGUGGUAUCCUUGCCAUUUCUUUGAUGCUCACAGGGGCCAACAUGAAGCACAAUUGUUGGUUUAUUUCAUCCUUCUCCAUUCUUCCCUUGAAUAAACAAGUAAGAUGUGUAGCAAGAGACACUGGAUAUACAUCUACUAUGAACCAGAGAGGGCCACCACAGGGCCUGGUGCUUAAAUAUAUUAAGGUUCUCAAAACCCAGUUUCGUUUACAUUGCCUUUCACAAUGUGGUAGAGUUCUUCUCUGAAAAGCUGUUGGUUAAUUCUUGAACAUCAAAGCAUUAUUCAACACACCAUGAGAAAACAAUAUUUCAAGAGACUAAAUAGUGAAUACUUAUCUAAAACAGGAAAUCAUUUUGUGGAUACAAACAAUUGCCUUUGUGUAGGAAUCACUUGUUUUACAAUGGAUUUUCUUAAGCAAGAGCACACCUCCGUCCAAUCUCCUGAGACCCAAGUCUUCACUUGGUGGAGUCAUCCCAAUGUGAUGCUUUCAGAUAUUUAGUGAAUGUUUUGAUAACAUUCAUCAAGUUUCUGAAAUAAAAUUUCAGGGAUUUCUAAUGUUUCUCAUCAGUUGGCUAAAAUACUCCAAACUCUGACAACUACUCAUUGUUGUUCCAGAGUUUGAAGGUCUUAGCUCUUCUUCCUUCUGACUUCAGAUGAAGCCCUGGGGCAGUGUACCUGGUGUUCAGUGUGUGGUGAUUCUUUUUCAACAGACCACAUGACAUACUUCCUGGUGCUACAACUUAGCCAACAUAUUUGAUGCUACUCCCGUUUUUUGUAUCGCUAAUCAAAUAGUAAUAGUAGUAAUAUUUCAAGUUAUGUAAUUUAAAAAAUAUAUGGUUGGGGACACAAUUGUACCCAUUAUUGCCCUCCAAAGUGGUUGUACGAUGUAUAUGACCCAACCCACUGCCCUCCUUGCGUCUCUGUACUACACUGCUUUACUGGGCCCAGCCUCCCUAGGAGGUACCUCGGUAUUUAAAACCAGACUGUAAUCAUAGCCUGCUGUUGUGUGGCAUCAAUAAAUGGCCAAACUUAUUGAUGGUUCCAAGUGA